AUGAGUCUUUUUAUUCUUCCUGAUGGUAUUGUUAACGAUAUUGAAAAGAUGCUUAACUCUUUUUGGUGGGGUGGAGGAAAUAAUCCUAAUUGUAUUAAGUGGAUGGCGUGGGAUAGACUUACAGGUACUAAGAAUGAAGGUGGGCUUGCUUUUCGUGAUUUAAAGGCUUUUAAUAUGGCUAUGGUGGCUAAGAGGGGCUGGAAUUUGCUAACUAUGCCUCAAUCGCUUUCUUCCAGAAUCUUUAAAGCAAGGUGGAGUAUCGGUGAUGGUAGUAACAUUUCUGUGAUGGGUUCACCUUGGCUCCGGGGGAGAAAAGAAGGGAGAGUGAAUGGGCCGCAACGACAAUGUAUUUAUGCGGCGGAAGACAUUCUUCAGGUCCCUUUAGUUGCGGAAGUGCAGGAGGACAAAUGGAAUUGGAAAGAGGAGGAAAAUGGGUGCUAUAGUGUUCGUUCUGGAUACAGGUUGUGGAGAAAGGAUCAUGAGAGAUCGGGUUCAAGAGGGGUGGAGGGCGACUGGUGUAGUCUUUGGAAUGUCAAGGCUCCUCCAAGAGCUAAACAUUUACUUUGGCGGAUUUGUCGUUUGUCCCAUAUUAUUGACCCUCGCUUACAAAUUUUCCAUGAUGUAAAAUCCUUGAUUCUUGAUAUUUGUAGUAAGGAGGAUAGUAUGACGGCGGGUAGAGUUGCGGUAAUGAUUGAGAUUUUGUGGAGAAAUCGUAACAAUAUGGUUUGGAACAAUGAGAAGGAUGAUUAUUCUAAACUUGGCUUAAAUGCGUUGUGUAGUUUGCAAGAGUGGUUUCAGGCGCAAAAGCAUGGUACCAAUGUGGGAAAUAGGACUACAAAUAUGAGGUGGAUGCCCCCGGUGGAAGGAAGUACAAAAUGUAAUGUGGAUGCGGGUUAUAAUAACCGUCGAGGCACUACUAACCGAGGUUGGUGUAUGAGAGAUCAUAUGGGGAGCUUUAUGUGUGCAGGUGCAGCUUGGGAUUUUGGGCAUUAUCCGAUUCUUGAAGCGGAAGCUUUGGCUCUUAAAGAAGCCAUUCAAAGUGCCAUCAAUAUGGAGGUGCAAAAUGUUAUCUUUGAAAGCGACUCCCAAAGAACGGUUCAAGCUAUCCAUAGCAAUCAUCAAGGUGUCUCAGAGUUUAGUUGCAUUAUUUCGUCUAUUAAUGGUUUGUUGUUUAAUUUUCCUAACUUCGAGGUGAAGUUUGUUAAACGCCAAGCGAAUACGGUUGCCCACACUAUAGCUAAGGCGGCCGAUUCUUGGUCUAGGCGUAGUUUAUUUCAUAUGAUUCCUCUUUGUAUUGAACAAUUGUUACUUCUUGAUAUGAAUUGA